CAUUCAACCCUCCAGCAGUCAGCCAGUCGCAUUCUGCACCUCCUUAAGCGAGGACUCCUUCACCUCUCACCGGUUCAAAGGGAGUUUUUACAUUUGACUGUAUCUCAUGGAGGUCAGGGUCACCUGUGGACUGUGGCCGGUCGUUUUUCUCUUGGGAUGUGGGCGACUGGCGGCUUUCAACCUGGACAGCGAGAAUGUCCUGCGGAAGAGCGGAGAACCAGGCACCCUGUUCGGCUUCUCUCUGGCCAUGCACCGGCAGCUCAAGCCGGUGGAUAAGAGAAUGCUGCUGGUUGGGGCCCCAAAAGCAAAAGCCUGGAGUGGUCAAAAAGCUAAAGUGACAGGAGGACUGUACAACUGUGACAUAAGCACCACCUCAGCUGACUGCGCCAGAGUUCACUUUGAUAAGACUGAGAAUCCAAACAGAGAAAGCAAAGAAAAUCAGUGGAUGGGAGUGUCAGUCAACAGUCAGGGCCCAGGAGGCAAGAUUGUGACCUGUGCCCAUCGCUACCAGCGCCGGACCAGUGUGAACACGGCCAGCGAAUCCCGUGACAUUAUCGGCCGCUGCUACGUGCUCAAUCAGGACUUAACUAUCAAUCCCCUCUCAACUGAAGAGGGAGAUAACUGGCAUUUCUGCGAGAGCCGGCCCAGAGGCCACGAGAUGUUUGGCUCCUGCCAGCAAGGCCUCUCUGCCACAUUUGACAAGGAUUUCCACUACAUCAUCUUUGGGGCUCCUGGAGCCUACAACUGGAAAGGUGUGGUGCGCUUGGAACAAAGGAACGACACAUUGUUAGACAUGGGCAUCUAUGAUGAUGGUCCUUUUGAGGUGGGCGAUGAGACAGAUAAAAACCCUGACCUGGUCCCUGCUCCUGCCAACAGCUACCUGGGCUUCUCUCUGGAUUCGGGAAAGAGUCUGACCAAGAAUCGGCAGUUGACGGUGGUGGCGGGAGCUCCCAGAGCGAACCACAGCGGAGCGGUUGUGCUGCUGAAGAAAGGCGGAGACACAAGCAACAUCCUGCUAGAAGAGUACACCCUGGAAGGGGAAGGGCUGGCCUCGUCUUUUGGCUACGAUUUGGCCGUGUUGGAUCUCAACGCAGACGGUUGGCAGGACAUAGUGGUGGGAGCUCCUCAAUACUUUGAGAAGGACGGAGAAAUUGGAGGAGCCGUCUACGUCUACGUCAACAAAGGCGGAGAGUGGGACAAAGUCAAGCCCACCAGGAUAGAUGGACCUCAGGACUCCAUGUUUGGCCUGGCUGUGGAAAACCUGGGAGACAUCAAUCAGGAUGGUUACCAUGAUUUUGCAGUGGGAGCUCCUUAUAGUGAUAAUGGUGCAGGGACCGUUUACAUCUACCAUGGAUCAGACAGAGGUCUCAGCUCUGAAAAAGCUUCACAGGUCCUGUCCGGCCAGUCCGUAGGAGCCAAGAUGUUUGGCUACUCUUUGGCAGGCAACAUGGACCUGGAUGCGAACUCCUACCCUGACCUGGCUGUCGGAUCCCUCUCGGACUCUGUCUUUGUCUAUAGAGCCCGUCCAGUUAUUAACAUCAAGAAGGUAAUCAAGUUCUCACCGGAGAAAAUCGACCUCACCAAGAAGAACUGUGGCAGCACCUUCUGCUUGGAAGUUGAGGCAUGCUUCACCUACACUGCCAACCCUGCGAGCUAUGCUCCCAGUCUGACGGUGAAGUACAUCCUGGAGGCCGACGCUGACCGCAGGAAGAAUGGUCUUAUCCCCAGGGUAACCUUCCUUGACUCCUCUGAACACAGCUACAAAUCAGAAGGGACCAUCACCAUGAAAAGCAAAGGAAAGAAACAGUGCGUUAAACAACAGCUUGCCAUACAGGAAAAUAUCAAAGACAAGCUGCAUGGGAUCCCCAUCGAUGUGUCUGUGGACAUCCAGGAGGGCAAACGUAAACGCAGACAGAGCUCAACUCCUCAGAUGUCACCUGUCCUCGACGCCAGUGAGCCAAUGACCAUCCGAUCAGAGGUGCAUUUCCUGAAGGAGGGUUGCGGCAGCGACAAUGUUUGCCGAAGCAACAUGCAGGUGAAAUACCGCUACGGUUACAAGGCAACUGACAGAGACACGUUCACUCCGUUAGAAUUGGAGAACGGUGUGCCGGUGAUCUCGCUCAGCGACCAGAAGGACAUCGCAUUGGAGGUCACUGUGACCAAUCUAAAUGGAGAUGAUGCAUACGAAGCCUCUGUGAUUGCCUCCUUCCCACGCUCCCUAACCUACUCUGCUGUCCGUGUUCAACCCAAUGCGCGGUCAGUAACCUGUGUAGCCAAUACAAACGGUUCUCAGGCCGAAUGUGAGCUUGGAAACCCCUUCAAACGGGGCUCAGAGAUGACCUUCUACAUUAUUCUGGGUACAUCAAGCAUCUCUCCCGAUACCACUGAAGUGGAAAUUGAUCUUAAGCCAGAAACGACAAGCGAGCAGCAGAAAUUGACCUCUCUUAAAGCAAAGGCAAAAGUGGCGAUCAUGUUACAGCUGUCUGUAUCAGGACAUGCCCAGCCCUCUCAGGUCUACUUUACAGGAGAGGUCAAAGGUGAGGUAGCCAUGAAGAAUGAAAUAGAAAUUGGCAGUGCCAUCACACACCAGUUCAGAAUCAUCAAUCUGGGAAAGCGCUUGACAGAGUUCGGCACCGCCACCCUCGAAAUCUACUGGCCAAAGGAGACCAUGGAGCAUGGGAAGUGGCUCCUCUACCUCAUGAAGAUCAGCUCCACUGGAAUUGAGCACAUGGAGUGCUCUCCUAAAGGGGAAAUAAACCCUCGUAACGUGGAACCAAGUAACAACAGGAGGAGAAGAGCAGCAGAAAGCACCCAGGGGGGCAGCGAAGGCACUAUUUUAAGUUUACUUGAUAAGAAGUCUAAAACUCUGUCCUGUGGAGAUGGGGCAACCUGUCAGACAAUAAAGUGCCCCCUGCGGGGCUUGGACAGUAAUGCAGUCAUCACUCUCCACUCUCGCUUAUGGAACAGCACCUUCAUAGAGCAUUAUUCCAAGUUGCAUCAUGUGGAGGUGAAAGUGAAGGCCGCUCUGCGUGUGGAUAGCACAGCAAAGAACACAGUGCUGGAAAAAGCUGAGACAGAGGUGAGACUGACGGUGUUCCCAGAGAGGCGUGCAGCCCAGUAUGGAGGAGUGCCAUGGUGGAUCAUCGUGCUGUCCAUCCUGCUCGGGUUGCUGUUGUUGGGCCUGCUGGCUUUCCUUCUCUGGAAGUGCGGAGUCUUUGGGAAAAAGGAUAAAGAGGACCCAUCAGAAAAAGAGACACUGACAUCAAAUGCAUAAAAAAAGAGAGGUGUGGCUUUUUUAAGCGAGCCAAAUAUGAAGACAAGGUUCCAAGUUACAACGCUGUUCGGAUCAAACGGGAGGAGAGAGCAAUAAACCCUGGGAAUGGUAACUGGGAAAACCUGGACAAGAAGCCCUGGAUGACAACCUGGCACGACAAAGAACAUUAUUCUUAACAGCUAAUGAGAUCUGACCCACACAGAUUCCUGUCGCUUACUGAUAAACUCCCAAUUUCACUGUUUUUUCCUGCCUUGUCUUUGCACAGUGUGGACUGUAAAUACAGCAACAAAAUAAUUUGUUAAAAACAAAGAACAAAACUUUUUAAAACUAAAAACUUGAUCAAACGUUCUGCUUCAGAGGCCGAAUUGAUCUUGGAUAAAGUCCGUAUAAAUCACUGGAAGGAGAGCUGCAGUGUGGGAUAUGGUCCUGCACAACUACUGUCUGUCAGACCUUGUUUUGUACAUUUACUACAUUCACAGUGUUGACUGGGGAGGGGGGGAGGGAGGGAGUAUGUAGUGUUUCUAGGUUCUUGUAAAAACAUUUUGCAGAUUUGUUUGUAUUUAUUCUUUGAGGAGUACUUUAUGUUACGUGCCCUACCGGCCAAAGAGUCAUGCAAUGCAAACACAGGCAUUUGUUUUUGUUUUUUUUUUUACACUAAAAUGUUUAUUUUCCCAAUUUUUUUUAUUUCUUUUUAUUUUUUUAAGUUACUGUGCAUCUGCCUUAACUUUGACCAAUCAGCAUUUUUCAAGCUCAAGGCACCUCAGGUUGUAGGUUAUGGAGCAACUGCAGUUGUCGAGCACUCGGUGUGUAAAUAUACUACCAAACCUCUGCAGAAUUCGCCUUUUAUUCACUGGCUGUAAAAUAGGAAGAGACUGAGAGGGGACAAAGAGUUUCUUGAAUAAAUGUUUUUUAAAAUA